AUGCCAAGCCGCUCAGGGUCAGCACCGAACACACCCCUCACCCCCCGAAAGAAAGUUGUUGUGCCAACUGACUACCAAGACACGGUCCCUGGUGAAUUUGAGGAAAAGGUGAAACAUCCAAAAUCAUCAGCCAUGUCUCAAAGCAGUACCCAGGACUCCCGUCCUCAGACACCUGUCAGUGUCAGCGAGUACUCCCGCAAGGAAUACCAAACUAGGCCGUCCCCCAAACUGACCAGAGUAAGCUCCAAGAUCUUCGAGAAGGUGCGCGGUUUCGAAGAGCGAAGGCGAAGUUAUGAUCAUGAAGGCUCCAUCUCGGGACGGUCCUGGGCCGGGUUCAAUCGCGCUGGGUCUGUCGACUCGGACGAUGGAGGGAGCCGGUUGGGCAUCUCCAGAGAGAGUUCGAAGGAAGACCUACGAGAAGCUCUGAAGGAGGACGCUGCCGAACGGAGGUCCAUGUUCAGACAGAGGGCUGCGUCCUUGGAGGACUGCAGGCCCCGUACCACCCAGAAGGUCCAGGAAAUCGAAAACAAGUUCACUGAAGAGCUUCAACGAAUCAAGAAGCUUGUGGGUAAACAUCACAUGAAGAAGUCCUUCUCCACCGAGCAGCUCUCGCUCAGGGCAAAUGGCAGGCAGCCUUUGAGGAAGAUUGAGCCCCUCCCACCUCAAAUUCUACAGAAGCUCCAGGAACGGGAGCGUGCCCAGCAGGAGAAGGAGCAGAAAGAGACGGAACAGCCCAAAUACGUAGUGCCACCACAACUGCAACUACAAGAACAAGCACGGCAGGGACAACCUUCACCCCAAACCCAAGAGAUUGAGCGGCCCUCCAUGAGUAGCAUAACGUUCAGUAGAUUGGGAGAAGUAGCAGCCACUCCAGAAUCUAUGCAACUGGCUGACUUACCAGGACAGAGGCCAACAAGACAGGUAAAUCAAGCCAGUCAAGUCAGGGAGAUCCUUCAGAGGUCUCCAUCACCAGCAAAGAUGCAGAUGCAGAGGGCUUACAAUCCAUCGUCAAAUCGCCAACAGCGGGCAGAGUCAUCAAGCAGAAAUGUUGUCGAGAUGACGUUACACAAAGUUGAACGCAGGCCAGAAAGCCCUCUUGUUCAGAGGGUAUCUCGUAUGCAAGAAUCUCAGGACAUCCAAGAACCUCCUGCACAAAAGUCCCCAAACGAAGAAUUGACAGGAACAAAAACACCUGUAGAUGUAGCAUUAAGAAAAGUAGAGGAUAGACCAGAAAACCCAUUGGUACAGAGAAUGCCUACCAUUGUACAAGAGCAUACAAUCCAACAUUCGCAAAAACCUCCACGGCUGGCUACCUCUUCUACAAAUGUUCCAGUAUCCCCCUCUGAGGAGAAAAUGGAAGUGGAGUUGAUCAAGCCAGCCCCCAAGCUAAUCAUACCUACCAUCAUUGUUGAAGAAGAGCCCAUGGAAGAGGAAGUUCCUCCAGAGACUGACAAGUCUAAGAAGGCAACCAAUGCGAAAGAAGGCCAAACACAGAAGACCAGGGGGAAGGGUCGCCGUGCUAGUCCCAUGUCUCCAGAGUUAGGUGGGAAUUAUUUUCAAUCUCAGUCUUUCUUUAUCAAAAUGAAAAUGUCUGUGUAUAUUAGAGGCUUGUAUCUUAUUUCCCUUGUCUUUGCAAAGUUCAACUCUCAUCGGUAUUCCUUAGUUCUGAACACAGCCAUGAAUGUCUUUGUAAUUAUGUUUUGUAAUUUGUGCAGAUUCUUCAGACGACUCUUACGUGUCUGCUGAAGAGGACCCCUUGGAGGCCCCUAUGUUUGAGUUUCCUCUUAAGGACACUGUGGUAACUGCUGGUACUGAGGUCCUGCUGAGAGUCAUCAUUGCUGGCAUGCCUCCCCCAGAAGGCAAGCUAUCUCUAUCUCUUUACAAACAAAGUUUAUAUCCAGAACCUAAAAGGGGUCAUCGGCUGUCCCCAUGGGAGAACCCUUUUGAAGAACCCUUUUGGGAUGCAGGUAGAACCCUUUCCCUUUCCAACCCAAAAUGAUUUAUCCUUGAAAGGGUUCUCCCAUGGGGACAGCCAAAGAACCAUUUUGGAACCCUUUUCUUCUAAGAAUGUAGUAACCACCUUCACUCCGGUUUCUUGAGCACAAAUUUGAGCAUAUCUUAUAUUUGUCUGUGUCCAUAUCUAGUUACCUGGAGGAGAGACAAUAUUGCGAUCAGUAACAGCUCAAACUAUGGGGUCAAAGUGGAGGGAGAGCGUUAUUCACUUCUCAUCAAAUGUGCAAAACCAAGUGAUGCUGGAACGUACUGUGUGACAGCUGCCAAUGAGGCUGGGAAAACAUCUAGCAGUGCCACCCUUUCGAUCAAACCA